ACCACCACCCUUCUCUCUAGGAGGACCACUCAUCUAUCUAGACAAGCGAAACGCAGGAGUCUGAGGCAGCACACUACACGCCGGUCGAAAAGAGAACCGAGUGAUAAUGUCUUCCCCGUGCAUGUGCUCUCACAAUUUCAUUCCUUGAGACGCAUCGUUUCAGAUAAUUGUUAUUCCGCAAAGAUAUAUGGUGAUAAUGAAGAAAUAAACCUCUACAAACUGUCUCAAACCCCACUGGCCCUUGAACCCAAACACCUUCAAAUUUGUGCCAUUGCACAAAGUUCUUAAAAAAGUGACUUUUCACACACACCGGCUCUGCCCUACCAGCCUGCCAGCCAAAAAGACAUUCCACCCUUUCGCCCUUGUUUGCUUUAUCAAAUGCCCAAAAACAGCAAGGCCGUCAAGAGAGAGCUUGACGACGAUGUCACAGAGUCUGUCAGAGACCUGCUUUCCAAUGAGGACGCCUGUGAUGAUUCCUUCAAGAAGAGCUCGCUGAUUGUCAACAACCAUGAAGGGGAAGGGAAAGAGUGUGAUGUGGAGGAAGGGGGCUCAGAUGGUGAGGAGGAGGAACGACCAGCCUGGAACAGCAAGCUCCAGUACAUCCUUGCCCAGGUUGGCUUCUCUGUAGGCCUGGGCAACGUCUGGAGAUUCCCCUACCUGUGUCAGAAGAAUGGAGGGGGAGCAUAUCUGGUGCCCUAUCUCAUCCUGCUUGUAUUGAUUGGCAUUCCGCUGUUCUUCCUGGAGCUUGCGGUGGGACAGCGAAUCCGCAGGGGCAGUAUCGGUGUGUGGAACUACAUCAGCCCUCGGCUCGGGGGCAUUGGCUUUGCCAGCUGUGUGGUGUGCUUCUUUGUGGCUCUCUACUACAAUGUCAUCAUCAGCUGGAGUCUUUUCUACUUCUCCCAGUCCUUCCAGCAGCCUCUGCCAUGGCACGAGUGUCCCCUCGUGAAGAACAAGACCAGCACAUAUGUGGUGCCAGAGUGUGAGAAAAGCUCAGCAACCACCUACUACUGGUACCGUGAGGCCUUGGACAUCUCUGACAGUAUCUCUGAGAGUGGAGGACUUAAUUGGAAGAUGACUGUAUGCCUGCUGGCUGCCUGGACCAUGGUUUGUCUCGCUAUGAUCAAGGGAAUCCAGUCUUCUGGGAAGGUGAUGUACUUCAGCUCCCUCUUCCCAUAUGUUGUGCUGAUUUGCUUCCUGGUUCGGUCGCUGCUCCUGAAGGGCUCCUUGGAUGGGAUUCGCCACAUGUUCACACCGAAGCUGGAGAUCAUGUUGGAGGCCAAGGUCUGGCGUGAGGCAGCCACGCAGGUCUUUUUUGCGCUGGGUCUCGGGUUUGGCGGCGUCAUCGCCUUCUCCAGCUACAACAAGCGUGAUAACAACUGCCACUUCGAUGCCGUCUUGGUGUCUUUUAUCAAUUUCUUCACCUCCGUGCUGGCCACCCUGGUGGUGUUUGCCGUGCUGGGCUUCAAAGCCAAUAUCAUGAACAGCAAAUGUGUUGCAAUGAACACCAACAAGAUUGCGGCAUUGUUGGGGAGUCACGUCCUUGAACGAAGCCUUUUACCUCCCAACAUUAACCUUACUCAGGUUAGUCAGGUCAGUGCUGAAGACUACCAUAAGAUGAUCGAGAUGAUCAAAGGGGGGGUACAGGAGGAUGAAUUCCAGCAACUGGGACUGGAACCCUGCAGCAUCGAGGACGAGCUAAAUAAGGCAGUACAAGGCACAGGUUUGGCCUUCAUUGCCUUUACAGAGGCCAUGACCCACUUCCCAGCCUCACCCUUCUGGUCUGUCAUGUUCUUCCUCAUGCUGGUUAACCUCGGCCUUGGCAGCAUGUUUGGCACCAUCGAGGGCAUCCUCACCCCGCUGAUAGACACUUUCAAAGUCCGCAAGGAGUUUCUUACAGUUGGAUGUUGCGUGCUGGCCUUCUCCAUCGGUCUCCUCUUUGUUCAGCGCUCAGGGAACUACUUUGUGACCAUGUUCGACGACUACUCGGCUACUUUGCCUCUGCUCAUAGUGGUCAUACUGGAGAACGUGGCGAUCGCUUGGCUCUAUGGGAUCGAUAAAUUCUUUGAAGACUUGAAGGACAUGCUGGGCUUUAUGCCGUACCGUUUCUACUAUUACAUGUGGAAGUACAUCACGCCCAUCCUGCUACUGGUCCUCCUGUGCUCCAGCUUUAUCCAGCUGAUAAUGACACCGCCCAGCUACAGUGCCUGGAUCCAGGAAGAGGCCCUAGAGAAGAACUUGCGCUUCCCUCUGUGGGGCAUUGUGGUCUGCAUCUCUCUGGUGGUCAUGGCCAUCAUGCCUGUGCCAGUGGUCUUUGGCCUGCGCUACUUCAACAUUAUCGAUGAGAACACAAGUGGGCUUUCCACUGUUUCUUACAAGAAGGGCCGCAUCAUCAAGGAGACCGCCCGGCCAGGGGAAGAUGACGACGCUAGCCUUAUUCACGGCAAGUCUCCCAGCGAGGCGCCCUCGCCGAUGCCUGGCAACAGCAUCUACCGCAAGCAGAGCGGCAGCGGUGGCACAGAUGUGAACACCGCACCCAAUGGCCGUUACGGUAUUGGUUACCUGAUGGCUGACAUGCCGGAUAUGCCUGAGUCAGACUUAUAAACUGACAGUAAUAGUAUGCUCUUCCCGGCCAUACCUGGCGGCCAUUUCUCUCCUUCACCCCUCUGCGUGCGUUUAGUCAGCUGUAUUGUCAGUAUAAAUUUCUCUUGUAUAUUCUUUGUAGAUAUUGUAGCUGCUCUCUUAUUUGUUGUCUCUGAACCUUAUCAGCCAGUUUCAGAGUUAUGGAUCAAGCCUGAUCCUGGACUAGAAGAAACGUGUUGAAGAUCUCUACUGAAAAAAGUCUAAGACCAGGCUUGUUCCAUGUCAAGGAAACUGAGCCAAUACUGUCUCUCUUGAAGGAAGGUCUAGGAAUAAACACCAUCGUUGUCUAAUCCUUCACUGAUUUACUCAUCUGCUUCCCAAACUCAUCUCCAUCUCCCUCCAGUCUUUGCUCCCUCCUCUUUGGAGAUCCAGCAGGAAAGAAUGAAUGUAAGAUGAUACGAUGGAUGACCCACCACACGCCUACUUGAACAACAAUCUCCAUUAAGGAGUCUGCAGUCGACAAGGUCAAAGAUCACUGCACCCGCAUCUGUGGGCAGUGUGAAUCUAUCCAGCUUUAAGUCCUGAUGUGUAUAUUGGUUGUGUUCAUGAUGAUGAUGAUGCCCCAACUGCCCACAAGUACUGAGCUUAGCAGUAAUGUAGGUGCCCAAUGAUGAUGUGAUGAUGCAAGAUCUGAAAAAAGUUCCAGUCAACGUAAGAGCAAAAGGAUGGCUUCUGAAAACUGCUCCCGUGAUUGUCUGAGAGAACAGUGUGCCUAAGUUAUUUAUAUUUGUUUAUAGAAUACAUUAUGGCUAUUAUAUAUUUAAAGUAUUCUGUAAAUAUAAUAUAAAUAUUAUAAAUAUAUUUAUCUUGUUAGUUUGGAUAUCAAAGCAGUGUUUUCAAGGUUCAGAAGUACUUCAAAUACUUAACUCGUCUCUUUAUUUUUUACUAAUGUACUGUCAAAGUUGCUGAGGACUGAGUCUUCUUUGUAAAUAUUUUUUUCCAUGAAAUGGCUUCAAUUGUAAUGUCUUUUUCCCCCGAUUAAACCAAACAUGAUCCAUACACUGAAAA